AAAGCAGGUCUGACCCGCAAGUUUUCGACACCCACUGUGUCUUUAACUACCUCUGGAGGACCGGGUGGCGAAACAAAAGAAGAGAACGUUGGGGUGCCUUCAUCAUUCUUUCCUAGUAGUUCUUCGUAUACGACAGUGAGCGCAGCGGCCAAAAUAUUCACCAAGAAUAAC